AUGGUCGUCACUUACGUUACUUUGGCGACAUCAAGCGUCUGCUACGUCACAUUGGCAACAAUAGGUGUCACUUACGUUAGUUUGGUGGACAUUGGCAUCAAUUACGUCAUUUUGGCAACUAUAAACGUCACCUACGUUAGUUUUUCAACCAUAUGCGUUACUCACGUCACUUUGGCGCCCAUAAGCGUUUAUUACGUCACUUUGGUAGCCGUAUAUGUCAUAUACGUCACUUUGGCAACCAUUGGCGUCAAUUAUGUUACUUUGGCGGCCAUAAGCGUAAAUUACGUCACUUUAGCAGUUAUAAACGUCAAUUGCGUUAUUUUGGCAAAAAUAGACAUAAAUUACGUCACUUUAGCGGCAAUAAACGUCACUUACGUAACUUUGGUGGCCAUAAGCGUCAAUUACGUCACUUUUGCGGCCAUAGUCGGCACUUACGUAACUUCGGCAACCAGAAGCGUAUGUUACAUCACAUUGGCGGCAAUAGUUGUGAUUUAA